CGUUUUUUUAGCCAAUCCCGUUCGAUGAGUUUUCUUUUGAUAUUGUUUAAUUGUCCAUUGUUCGAGGCUAAUUAUAUAAAUACACAUACUUUUUUCAAAUACAUUCACCUCCGUUCAUUGACGUGGCGGCGUAUUGGUGACGAACGACGACGACGCCUCGUGUAUAACGUUCGCAAAGAUCGUGGAAAAGUAGGGAAGAAGGCACGACAGUACGUCGGUAGCGGGCAAUCAGUCAAUAGGCUUCCACGGCUUCGCGCUCUUUACAUUUUACAUUGUCGCAGGUCUUCGGUGUGCGUGUUCGGUGUGCGUGUAAGAGAUACCGACCCGUUUUGAUCGCCGAAUAAACCGGGAGAAUCCUAAUUCUUCACAUUUCACUAAAAUUCGUAACCACAUUACGAUAUAGACUCAAAUUUCCUAAUUAAAAAUCUGCAGACUCACGAGACGACGAACCAACGUUUCUUGAGUGAAGAACGUUUUCGCCCAAUCAACUGGUGUUUUGAUUCGUCAAAUAUAUCAGACAUAAAACGAGGAUAAAAUGACGGAGACCGAGAACAUAUUUCUUUUCGUGCCAAACAUUAUAGGUUACGCCAGAGUGUUUUUGGCCCUGAUUUCUUUCUAUUUUAUGCCAACGCAUUAUGUCAUUGCUUCAUGGUGCUAUAUACUCAGCGCCCUGCUUGAUGCCUUUGAUGGUCAUGCAGCCAGAUAUUUCAAUCAGAGUACCAAGUUUGGGGCUAUUCUGGACCAGCUGACAGAUCGUGUUGGCACCAUGUGCCUUCUCGUCAAUCUCAGCAUGUUUUAUCCUUCCUACGCCUUUUGGUUUCAGCUCAGCAUGGCUAUCGACAUUGCCUGUCACUGGAUUUACUUGCACACAACACUUCUCCAGGGCAAGACGAGUCACAAAUUCGUGGACAUGUCAGAAAAUCCAAUAAUGAGAGUUUACUACACAAAUCGUCAAGUUUUAUUUUUUAUGUGCGCUGGAAAUGAAGCCUUUUACGCUGCUCUCUACCUUUUGCAUUUCACCGAAGGUCCCAUAAUGGCAGGAAUAAGUUUAUUCAGAUUGGUUCUGUUAAUUUCCACACCCAUUGCCAUAGUAAAAACAAUUUUGUCUCUUUUACAUGGCUAUGUAGCCUGCCUUAAUUUGAGUAUCAUCGAUGUUAAAGAACGCAGCGCAUUACACAAACAGAAUUAAAUUUACCCAAAGACAAACAUUUGGUUAUUUUUCACCAGCAAUCAAGUAAAUUCUAUUUUCAUUGUACACUAGUCAAGGUAAAACAAUUAUUCUUCCCUGUGUAAAUGUUAUAUAUUAUAUAUAUAUAUAUAUAUAUAUAUUGAUGUUUAUAUAUAGUAUCUAUGUAGGUUCUAAAAAAAUUGUUGUGAAAAGAAAUAUUUUUAUGUAUGUUCCCUGUCAAUAUGUGAAAUUCCAUGAAAUUGGGAAACAAAAAAACAUUUCGACAUUUAAGUUUAAGUUUAGAUGCAUAAAAAAAAUUAGUUUAAUUCAAUAACCCACGUGAUAUUUUGCAUUUUUUAGUAUCUAUUUAACAAAAUCACAAUAGAAAUUUUUUUUCAUACUUAAAAAUAUUCUCUUGUAUUUUUUUAUAGCGCCAAAGUCUCGAGUAAAACUGAUUAGUAGGUAAAUAAUCUGUUAUAAUAUUGGUUUGAAAAAUCAUUUAUGCAUGAUUCAAGUUCUUCCUGUCUCAAUAAAUAAUUGUGAAUGAUU